UUUUCUUCUCCUUCUCUUUCUCUCUUUCUCUUUCUCUCUCUACGGUAUUGUUCUUGUCUGGUUUUAGAGCUAUCGUCGUUUCGUUCCAGAGCAGGAAAAAUCGGACCUUUUUUUGGUAGAAAUGGAGAGGCGAUAACUGCAGAUUUCACCAAAUUCCUCGUCGAUUAAUCUUAUCCUUGUUGUUUCUUUUGAUUAAAGCUGCACUUUCUCCUCCAUUCGUUCUUGGUUCUUUCCUCCUCGGUGAGAAUCCAUUCCCUUUCUUUUCCAUUUGUUGUUGUUGUUCUUUUUUUUUUGUUGGAUCAACGAAGCCCACAUUUUCUAAAUCUGUAAAACCCUCUGACACUCCAAGCUUUUGUAGAAAUCUUCAUUGAUUAAUUGGUCGAUCUUGGUUCCCCUUCCGUGUUCAAAGCUUUCAAAUUUGAAACAGGUCCGGGGAGCAACCACGGCCCUUUUCUGUGGAGGGUUUUUUUUAUCCGGGAUUUGAUUUCUUUAGGUUUGCCAUAGUUGUUGCCCUUGGAGGAUUUGGGGGAUCUCUUUAGCCUGGUUGGUUGGGUCUUCUUUGAUUUUAUUUUUCUUCAUUCAGUUUCAGCCAUGAAUUUGUAGAAUUGGAAUUCUGGUUUUGAGACUUUUAGGUUCUUUGAUCAUUAGGCAGUUCCCUCUGGUUCAAUUAUAUGAAUCAGUCGAGUAGGAUCAUGAGAAACUCUUGACGGGGUUUUGGGGCUUUAGCGCUUCUGUUCUAGAUCAGGGGCACUAGAGAUUCAUAGUUGAAAAAAAAAAAAAAAAAAAAAAAAAAAAGGGAAAAUGUCUACCGCCGAUGUUGAUCUUAGUCCCAUUCCCAAGGAGUCGCUCUUGCCUGGCUAUUUCGAUGGCCAAUCGGGUUCUUGUUCGAGUGAAUCGAUAAUGAUUUUCCUCACGGUUUCCGGUUCUGUGAUUCCACUGCGUGUAUUGGAGUCCGAUUCGAUCGCCUCUGUGAAACUGAGGAUUCAAUCGUGUAAAGGUUUUGUUGUGAAAAAGCAAAAGCUAGUGUUCGGAGGUAGGGAAUUGGCUCGAAACGAUUCUCUUGUCCGGGACUAUGGUGUCACUGACGGAAAUGUUCUCCAUUUGGUUCUCCGGCUUUCUGAUCUCCGGGUAAUCACUGUGAAGACUGCCUGUGGGAAGGAUUUGGAGUUCCAUGUUGAACGAUCUAGAAGUAUUGCUUACAUCAAACAGCAGAUCGCCAAAAAGGGUAAAGGUUUUGUUGACCUUAAGGACCAGGAGCUGAUCUGUGAUGGAGAGGAGCUAGAGGAUCAGUGGCUCAUUGAUGAUAUUUGUAAAAACAGUGAUGCUGUGAUUCACUUGCUGGUUCGAAAGUCUGCAAAAGUUAGACCCAAACCCAUUGAGAAAGAGUUUGAAUUGUCGAUUGUCGCAUCUGAUUCGAAUGAGGGUAAAGAAUUCGAUGAACAAGAAGUAGAUGGAAAAAACCAUUGGAACAACGAGUCUAAGGAUCUCCGUGUGGUUACUAAGGAGUCACCGAGUAGAGAUUUCAUUCUGCAACCCAUUAUUGUUAAUCCGAAGAUCGAAUUGUCUUCAGUUGUGAAUGAUUUGAUUAACUCAACCUUUGAUGGAUUGGAUAGUGGAAACCAACCAGUAAGAUCCUCAGAAGGUUCAGGUGGAGCUUAUUUCAUGCCAGAUUCUUCAGGUCAAAAGUAUGUUGCCGUUUUCAAGCCAAUGGAUGAGGAACCUAUGGCAGUGAAUAAUCCUCGAGGGCUACCAUUAUCAACUGAUGGUGAAGGUUUGAAAAGGGGGACGAUAGUAGGAGAAGGAGCGUUCAGAGAAGUUGCAGUAUAUAUUUUGGAUCACCCAAGGAGUGGGCCGCGGUCUCUUUCAGGCGAAGAAAGAGGUUUUGCUGGUGUCCCUCCUACGGUUAUGGUGAGGUGCUUGCAUGGGGAGUUUAAUCAUCCAGAUGGGUACCAGUUUGCUGCUAAGAAUGUCAAGAUUGGGUCCCUGCAAAUGUUCAUGAAGAACAUUGGGAGUUGUGAGGACAUGGGUCCUCGAGCUUUCCCUGUGGAGGAGGUCCAUAAGAUCUCUGUGUUGGAUAUGAGGUUGGCAAAUGCGGAUCGACAUGCUGGAAAUAUUCUUGUGGGCAAAGAAGGGGAUCGUACUGUGUUGAUUCCUAUUGAUCAUGGAUACUGUUUACCAGAGAAUUUUGAAGAUUGCACAUUUGAUUGGCUGUACUGGCCACAAGCUCGUGAGCCUUAUACCCCAGAGACCAUUGAGUAUAUUAGAUCACUGGAUGCUGAACAAGAUAUUGCUCUUCUGAAGUUCCAUGGAUGGAGCAUAUCGCGUGAAUGUGCCCGCAUCUUCCGCACAUCUACCAUGCUUCUGAAGAAGGGGGUUGAGAAAGGGCUCACUCCUUUCGCUAUUGGAAGAAUGAUGUGCAGAGAGACACUGAAUAAAGAGUCCGUGAUUGAGAAGAUUAUCCAUGAAGCCAUGGAUACUGUGCUACCAGGAAUGAGUGAAGCCGCGUUCCUCGAAUCUGUCUCUCAGAUCAUGGAUCGCCACAUUCACUCACUUACCCUAUAAUAGUCAUGGAUUCUGUAGGUAUAUGUGUAUAUGUGCAUAUGUUACCGUACAUAUGACCAUCUUUGAGAGGAGUGGAGGCUGUAUGUUUUAUGUGGAUAGGCUACUGGAAUUGAGACCCCCACCACCCAACCUUAUUUGUUCAUACAGUUGAGCCUUGGGCAACAACAAACUGCCUCUUCUACUGUCUGGAUAAUCAUUUUUUUCUCCCUCUACUGUUAAGCUAAUGUCUAUCUAGAAGUUGAACAGAAGCAGAAAAUCUUGGUUUAUUAAUAUCAAUAUAUUGUUUAUCUACUUCAGCUUGAA